AUGAAGAUACAAAACGUAAUUCUAAUAACUUCCCUUUUAAUACUUCAAAUUAUAUGUAUAACAUCACAAAAUAUAGUGGGCUCGGUAAUAUUUCCAUACAACACUGUAGAAGUCCCACAAAAUAACGGAACAUGGUUUCUAUGUUCAGAAGAACCAACAAAAUAUGUCAGCUAUAGCGUAAGAGUGGUAGAUGGUACAUUGCCGUUAACCGAGCCGGAAUUUGGUACAAAAAAAGAAGGGUACAAUGCACCACUCCUGACAGCACCACAUGAAGGAAUAACCGCCCAAAUACGUUAUACAUCAUCAUAUAGAUUCUUACCUUCUUUAUCUUGUUAUAUGAACUUUGUAACUUUGUGUGAUCAGGAUACUGGAAAUUAUUUAAUGAAAGAUAACGAAUAUUAUUGUUUGGUCUUGAUGAAUCCUGCCCCUGUGGUACAACGUGUAAAUGUCACCGUCUCUUUUAAUAGUUCAGUGUUUGAUAGUGCAUUUACGAGUGAUAAUAAACCUGGUGGAAAUUCGGUUUCAAGAACACUUAGUAGAGAUUCCUUAUUAGAAUUUAGUUCAAAAACUGGUCAAGAUUUAAAUCAACCUUAG